CGGAGUGGGAGGAGACAGGGUAGGGGCGGAGCCAGCGUGUCUCGUGCCCGGUUAGUUAGCGGAGCAGCUCGCGGGCAGCAGACAGAGGGAUGGUCUCGCGCUCGGCGCUGGGCAGCAGCAGGUCAUGUUGUCCGCGCGGCUGGAGACCUGCCCGCGUGUCACCUUCAGCGGAGCGGGAACUGCGGCGAAUCUGGCUCGAGGACCCCAGGCGAGGAUGGGCGGGGAGGCGUGUCCCCACAAGCUGGGCUCCACCAAUCACCUUCGGCUUCUCCUCUACAUCCUGAUUCCCACCGUGAGCCUGCUGGCCGGCCUCCUGCUGCUCGUCCUGGUCCUCACUGGUAUAUUUGGCAGCACUCACUUGGACCCCAGCCUCCUCCCCUCACCCAAACCCAUCGCCGACAGCAACCCUGGUUACCACAGCAACAGCACAAGUGACCCCUACCCCUCCUCCUCAUUCACGGUGGAAACCGUCACAUAUUCACCGCAGAACCGCAGUGAGAGCACACCUGCCGCCACCGGCGUUCCCCCGGUGACCUCUUCUCAGGCUCCGCCCACUCAGCCAUACACAACGCCCCCUGAUUGGCUUGCCUCUGUGACAUCGCUGAGCACCGCUUGGCCGAGCAGCACCGCCUCUGCGCCCAACACAGGUAGCUGUCAGCUGAUCGUGGAGCCUCAGUGUCACAUGUUGCCCUACAAUCAGACGUGGCUGUCCUCCUCCGUCGCCGUGGUGAAGAGCUCAGAGGUGGACAUGUUGCUAAGGUUCUUCAGCUACCUCAGCAGACUCUCGUGCUACAGACACAUCAUGCUCUUUGGCUGCUCGCUGGCUCUGCCCGAGUGCAUCGCAGCUGACGGCGCACACAACAGGACGGUCGUGUUGCCCUGUGCGUCUUUCUGCGAGGCAGCGAGAGAAGGCUGCGAGCCAGUCCUGCAGAUGUUCAACGCCUCCUGGCCUGACUUCCUGCGCUGCUCCCAGUUCAGCAACACCACCUCUGCUUUGUCACCACCGUCAUCACCAUCAUCAUCACCUUCGCCAACAGGUCUCCUCACGUCACCUGCCUGCUACACACCGCGACAGAUUAAAGGGAAACCCUCCGUAUGUGGCGGGAAAGAUCAUUACUUGUGUGCGACUGGGAUUUGCAUCCCUCAGAAACUGGUGUGCAACGGCUACAACGACUGUGAUGACUGGAGUGACGAAACACACUGUGUGUGUGAUGUGGCCCGGGAGCACCGGUGUGGUGAUGGGCGCUGCGUGUCCAGAGACUGGCUCUGCGAUGGGGACCACGACUGUCUGGACAAGAGCGACGAACUCAACUGCUCUUGUAAGAGUCAGGGUCUGCUGGAGUGCAGGAACGGUCAGUGCAUUCCUUCUGCGUUUCGCUGCGACGGCGAGGACGACUGCAAAGAUGGCAGCGAUGAAGACAACUGCACCGUAGACCAGAGUCAGGGUGGAUGUGUUCCCGGUCAGCCCAGCUGUAUUGCCACUUCCUGUCAGCCCAUGUGUGCUGGCGGCAACGCCGUGUGCGACCCACAAAGCAACAGCAGCUGCACUCGCUGUGAGCCAAUCAGCCUGGAGCUGUGUAUGAAUCUGCCCUACAACCUCACCAGCUUCCCCAACUACCUGGGUCACCUGUCCCAGAGAGAGAGCUCCGUGUCCUGGGAGUCCUCUCUCUUCCCCGCUUUGGUCCAGACCGGCUGCUACCAGUACCUAAUGUUCUACGCCUGCACGCUGCUGGUACCAAAGUGUGACCCGGUCAGCCUGCAGAGGGUGCCGCCCUGCAGGUCGUUGUGUCGUAGUGCAAAGGAGAAGUGUGAGUCGGUGCUCAGCAUUGUGGGAUUGCAGUGGCCGGAAGACUCAGACUGCAGUCAGUUUCCAGAGGAGGGAGGAAACACAACCUGCCUGCUGCCAGAGGCCGGAGUCGACGAGUGCUCUCCGAGCCACUUCAAGUGCAGGUCAGGUCGCUGCGUGCUGGCAAGCAAACGCUGUGACGGACACCUGGACUGUGACGACCACAGCGACGAGGACAACUGCGGCUGCUCUGAGCGUGCUCUGUGGGAGUGUCCCGGCAGCACAGUCUGCAUUAAAGCCAGCAUGAUCUGCGAUGGGUUCCCAGACUGCCCCCAGCUGGUGGACGAGACCAACUGCUCGGUGUGCAGGGAUAACGAGCUUUCCUGCAACAACCAUCAGUGUGUCCAUCGCACUCUGUGGUGUGAUGGAAAGAAGCACUGCUCAGACAGCUCCGACGAAUGGAACUGCGUGUCUCUGUCCGAUCGAUCGGGCUCUGUGCUGACGGUGUUUAAGACGGCGGCAGAGUAUCAGGUCUGUGCAGAUGAGUGGAACGACGAGCUGAGCGAACUGACCUGCAACCAGCUGGGACUAGGGGUUCCCUCCUCUGUUUCCAGGGUGCCCGAUCAGCCCGGCGUCCAAGGCCGUCGACGCUGGUUACACGUCCACCCCGAGUGGCACCAGAGGAACGGUUCUGCUCUGCAGGCCCGGCUGGAAAAGAGAAGUCAUGCGUGUCACUCCAGGCAGAGAGUUUCAGUCCUGUGUACCAGAGAAGAGUGCGGUCUACGCCAGGCGGUGGGCCUUCACCCUCACAGGAAGAAGCGGAUUCUGGGUGGCCGGGUGUCCCGGCGGGGGGCGUGGCCCUGGCAGUGCUCGCUGCAGAGCGGUCAGAGCGGACACGUCUGCGGCUGCGUCCUCAUCGCCCGGAAGUGGGCUCUGACAGUCGCACACUGCUUCGAGGGGAGAGAGAGUGCAGACCUGUGGAAGGUGGUGCUGGGCAUUAACAACCUGGACCACCCAGGAGCUCACAGUCAGAGCCGAGGGGUGCGCUCCAUCAUCGUACACCCGCGCUACAACCGGGCGGUGGUGGACUACGACAUCAGUAUAGUGGAGCUGGACUCUGAGAUUGAGGAGACGACCUUCGUCAGACCGGUGUGUCUUCCUCAGCCGGGCCAGCUGCCUUUACCCGACUCCUACUGUUACAUCACCGGCUGGGGUCACAUGGGCAACAGGAUGCCCUUUAAACUGCAGGAAGGGGAGGUCCGGAUCAUCUCUUUGUCUCAGUGUCAGUCCUACUUCGACAUGAAGACCAUCACUCCCAGAAUGCUUUGUGCCGGCUAUGAAGCUGGAACCGUCGACUCCUGCAUGGGUGACAGCGGCGGCCCACUGGUGUGUGAGGAGAGCAGCGGUCGCUGGACGCUGUUCGGCCUGACGUCGUGGGGCAGCGUGUGCUUCAGUAAAGUGCUCGGACCCGGGGUUUACAGCAACGUCACGCACUUCACCCCCUGGAUCCAACAGCAGAUCUACAUCCACACAUACCUGACCGACUGACACAUACGCUCACUCACCUGACACUUCCUGCUCCAAGCUCUCAUUCAUUCCAGAAGGAAGUGAUGUCAUCAUCAGCCACAACGCACGUUCAGUUCCUUAACCUGUGCCUAUACUGAUAGCCUUCAGACGCUGUGUGAGCAGCAGCUGAUGUUGUCGGUGAUUGAAAGUUACAUCCAUACAAUCAGUCACUGAACUCUGAUCUUAUUGUUUUCAUUACUCGACACAUUCAAACCUACAAACAUCACAGAAACAAAAACAUAACCUCUGUGACGGUUAACCAACGCUCAGUGCUUCAUGCUGGACUUUAUACUAAGAUACUUUUAAAUUAUGUAGUUCGAACCAACCGUUAAACUUCCUGGGGCUGAAAAAACGACGAAGCGUCAAAGACGGCAGUUCCUCUGCUGGGCUUCAUCUCAGCUAACUGAAGUCACAGAAAACACCCAGGACACUUUCACUUUUCAAUUCAAUUUAUUUCAGUUCAACUUUAUUUAUAUAGAACCAAAUCACAACAACAGAUACAUCAAGAUGCUUUAUAUUGUAAGGUAAACAGUAAAGUCUGUUUAAACUCUGGUUAAACUCCAUCAUGAGACAUUCAGCAGUGGUUUCAUUUCACAGCUUUUGCUUCUGUCACAAACUACACUAUCCUCACACAGACCUAACAACUGCUCAAAGAAGUGUAUCCCCAGAUCAGCUGGUGAGUGGUUACUGGAGUUGGAUGGGUGAAACUGGUUAAAAAGAUGCUGCUCAAAACCUCUAGUUUGACCAGUUCAACCAGUCCAAGCCAAACAGAUUGCAAAGGUUGCAUCGAAGCUUGUCUGCAACUGCUCACCAAGCAGAAGGAAAACGUAAAAGUGUGAUGUUUGACGUGCAGUCGGCGAGUAGUUGCAGGUUGGAGGUUGCGAACCAGCCUCCAGGCCUGUGUGAGAGAGGACUUAGAGCAGUAGUUCAAACUCAACAUUGUGAUGUUCAUGUGUAUCAGAUGGCACAUGGUCUGUUACUCCAUAAACUACUUUUUCAAACUUUAAAUCAGCAUUAAAGCAGAAAAACUCCAUUUCACAGUCAUUUUCUCCGGCUACUUUGCCAGAAAUACUCCUCAAGAUUUCUGAAGAACAUUGUCUUAAGGAGGAGCUAAAACAGCUUGUUUCAGACAUGGCCCAGUAUAAGUUAAAGAAGGAUUAUUAUAAAGUGUGACUCAUGCACAGCUACUCUAGAAACAUCAAGGAAUACAUAUAUGGAGCUGGAAAUGAGCAGGAUAGAUUCACUUACUUACCUAACUCAUUAAUCCCUAUUUUAAAAAUUAUUUAAUAACAGCAAUUAACAGAUUAAUGAUAGUUUUGCAGCUGUGAUACAAAAUUGUGUUUGUGUUAAACAUCCUGUAAGCAGAAGCUAAAUCUGCUAUUUCAGAGAAGAUUGAGGACUGUUUCCCGGACAGUAGCUGUGAAACCGAACAUUUUAAUGAUAUUAAGGCGUUUAGCGCUGAAGCUGCUAAAACAGACCAGCCGAGCACUCAUUUUCCCACAAUGCUUCACUCUAUAGUGCCUAGCAGUAAAAAAAAAAGAAACAAAACAAAAACAAAAACAAAUUUGUUACUUGUACAAUGUCGUACUGUACGUGUGUGUGUGAGUGUAAGCUGCUGUGUGAGCGUCAGAAAGUGCUUCAAACCACACUGGCAAUUUAUAUCGGGCAACUUUGAUGGUCAACAUGUAACUUUGUUCUCGCGGCUGCUAGUUACAUUUAUUUUCUUUCAGACAGAAACCUGUAACUGACCCCCCCGACCCCAGUCGUGCUGUAUAAUGGCACAUGAAGAUGUAACACAAGCUUUAUUUUUGUAUAUAGCAUACACCGAUGUAGUUUUAAGCUGUGUUUAUUCAUGUUUGUUUACGAUAAUGAAAAAUCAGAGGUGAAGUUAGAACAAUGCAGAUCAUUAGCCUUUAAAGUUUCUGGCUUACAGAUAUAUCGUUAGUAACGUAAACAGUUAAUAACACGCUUAUUAUAAAUGAUAAAUCAGGGGACUUGAAGUAAAGUUUUACCCAGUUUUUAUCUAAAAGUAACCUAAAUGUUCAUCAAAGUGGAUAAAGCGCAAAAAAGCAAAUAUUUAAACUGCCUGUGAAGUAUAACUUUAAUGUAUUGCUAAUGUGGAAACAUUAGUGUUAAUCCAAAUGUUAACAUAAGACUUAUGAGCUUUAUCUCAUGUAUCAGACGGUCAGACUGUAGUUUAAAGCUAGCAGACUCACUAACACAAACGAUUAACUGCCAAAUUAGCGCCAGCUAGAUUACGAAGCACAAAUGUAGCACAGUAUAGAGCGUUUAAUGAUGUGUUUUCAUAGCGUUAGCACUAAGCUACAUUAGCUUUUGCUGUGUAUUUACAAGCCGUUUAGGUCCAACUGUUCAACAGUAACAGUUUUCACACCGUAGCUGAACUAGAAGGAGGAAAAAAGUUAUUAAGACUUCAUUAAAACUCACAACAGACGGUUUGUUUGCAGUUUACGUGUCUUGACGGCGUUUUUUUAGAUGACUCUUCAAACAUGGAGAGGGUUGGGGGAAAAAAAUGGUUGAAUUUUCUUUGUUGCAGUACUCCGAGUGAUCACCGGGGUGUUGCCUCUAUUUACAUACACAUGUUUACCACAUUUAUGCUUUAAGCUAACUGCCUCACACUGAAUUCACUGAAAUAUUAAUGGUAACUGUUUUUGUUUGUUUGCCUCAUAUGUGUGACAAAAAUACUCACACAGACAGCAAAGAAGCAUCAAUACAACAGAGUAAAACCCUAACUCAUACUGAGGCCUCAGUCACACAGGCCUAGAGACACUCAGCAACCUCUGGUCACAGGGGGAAACGUGUAUUCCUCAAUCGGUUGGCAAGUGGUUGCUAGCUGUUGCCAGGUGAAAUCAGUCACAACAAAGGUGAACCACCAAAAAUGUCCACGUGAUGGUUGGUUGUUAGCAGUUUGCAGUGACUCCUUCUAAUUUGUCUGCAAGACAUAUUCUCAUUUUUCCCUGGCACACAGUGGUUGCCCGGUGGUUGCCAACCAGUCUCUAGGCCUUGUGACUGGAGCCUUAGACUUCUGGGAGAUCUGGUGGAGCUAGUGGACAUGCAGGCGGUGAUUCCUGUUUUUCUCCACCAGAGGCUCCAAAAGGCUGAAUGCUGGUCAUAAUACACCCUGCAGUUAUCUGGGCUUUUGUUUCAGAAAGCAGGUUUAGUGAAAACUCUGAGUUUGUUAAACCUGAGACAUAAGUUUAAAACAAAGGUGGAAAUGUUUCACUCAUCGUGUCCACUAAUGAAUAAUUGGAGGCUGUGAAUUUGUUUCACUUGGCGAGAUCAACAUUUUAGCACUUCUCCCCAUUUUGACUCCCUGUUAACCCAGUGGAAGAGUUGCCCAACGAAUUGCCCCGUUGACCUUCUGUGCUGAGGUCGGACUCACAUCCAGAACAUUCCAAGUUGCUGCUGCUGAUGUUGUUUUGUGUGUUUGGUUUUUUAAGAGUAUUUUUCUACAGCGUUUUGUAUGUCAUGCUUCUUACACAGGGCUGUCAGUGUGUGUGUGUAUGUGUGUGUGUGAGCACACAGUCACAUGUACGGACUGUGUGUUUGUUUCUUCCUGAUUUAGCUGUUAUGACUUUGUUAUCAUGAUGAUGAUGAUGAGUAAUGUUUGAUUAUAUGGAUUCAAAUGCUUUAUGGACAGACUGUAGCCUUUAAUGUUUGUGUAAACAGUGAAUAUUUGGUUUAUAUCAUCUUGUAUCACACUAAUAAACGUAUACACACA